GCACACAAGUGAUAUACAAAGGGAAGAGGUAAACUGGAAGUGUAGCGUGUAAUGCAUUUAUGUGUAUACAAUGAGUGUUUACACAAGGGAUGUAAAAAACGCUUGAUCACACGCCUGCCAUGAUGAUUGAGGUUGUGGAAAAGAGGAAAACUUUCAAAGAAUUAAAAAGGUUGCACAUUUUUCUCUUUUUGGCCUGUAUGGAGAUUCAAAAUACCGGCGCUUUGCCCCGGAGCACUACCAUUUUUGCAAAAUUGCAAAAUAUUCGCAAUCCAAUACCUAAUGAACGAAAAUAAAGUCACAACUUUGGAAAUUGGAGAGAAAUUUAGUAGAAACUGUUUGGAAAGAUGAGUCGGCCUCCUGCGAUGUAGCGGUUGUAGCGCUGGCCGAAUGACCAAGAGAUCCAGGGUUCGAUUCCCGGCCAGGUGACCUGAGUAUGAUGGUCUCAAACAAUGGUCAUCUGGGGCUGGUGGUAAGCGUGGGAUUUAGCCAAUUAGGCUGUUAGAAGCUCAGUAAAAGUAAAAAAAAAGAAGCUACUUGGCAAGCAUGUGAAGAUGUAAAAGAUUGAAACUUUCUGCACCCCUUAUUCAAACUUUUGAAAAUUUAGUUCAAAAAAUUAGUAAAAAAAAAUCAUUGGUAAAAAAAAUAUGUUUCACACGUUACAUUGGAUUAUUCAACAACUGCAAAGAAACAACUUUAAAUUGUAGAUACAUUUAUCUACUGAUAUGCCAUACGAUUUUUGCAUUAGAGUGACUUGAAUGCCACUAUCAAGUUUCAUGCUGAAUUCAGAUCGAGUCAGACAGAGUAUGACUUGGGUGUACAGAAAAUUUCACAAAAAUAUAUGGAUCAAUCUAUGCUAAUCGUAUUAGAAAUUAUGCAAAAAAGUUAUUUGCUCUUUCAGAUUUUAUGAAAAUACAUUCGACUUCUUGGGUAUGGGUGACAAAUGAAAACGUUGUACCAAAAAUAAACACUGAGGCGGAAUGGAAUGAACAGUGAAAAUAGACAAGAACAAAAAAAUUUAAUAUGCAAAUUCAUUUGACUCAAGGAGAGCUACAGUAUUCUCUUUCAACCGAAGAAAAUUCCCCAUAAUUGCUUUAAACAAAACGUCAUAGGCAUUAGCAUUUGAAAAAGUCCAUUAAUUAACAUCAGUAGGCAUAACAAAAACAUUUACAUAAGAAUUGAGACAGAAUGUCUCGAGAGUGUGCAGGCACUUCUUGACUUACUUCAAGUUUAUUGUUGAGAAUCUGACUUUUUACGGAAGUGAGAUGCUCUCUCAAUGACUACUGACUGAGUGCUCUGGUAUGAAAAUUUUACUGCUUUUUUUUUUUAGUUAAAAUAAUUUACGAAGUUAUAAACGGGAAGAGUGAUUUACUACAAAGCAAAGCAGGGAUUUAAAAUGUGCUAUCAAAAUCCUUCAAUCAAUAAGUGUGAACGCUUUGGAUAGAUAAAAGCAUACUGUUUUUUCUUUGAUACAAAGCGUUGUGGACAGUGUUAGAGAAACAUUGAGAUGAAUUUUCUUGUGGUUGCUUCGUUUAUACUUUAUCUAAUCAGUGAUGGUAUAGUUUCCAGUUACAAUUUAAAUCGAAAUUUACGUGCAAAAUAUGAAUGGAGCAGAAUAGACUUCCAGUGGUUUGAUGAGAAUCAAAAGGCUGACUUCAUUGAAUCUCGAAGGUAUAUCCAAGAAAAUAUAGCGCUGAACAAGAUGAAAAUAUGGAACGAGGAAAUUUUUCUUACAAUACCCCGUUGGAGACCUGGUGUUCCAGCAACUCUAGUAAAAAUCAACCGUAUAUCUGAGAGUGCGGGCAACCAUGUACCUCAACUAGUGCCAUACCCUUCAUGGGCAAUGCAAGAUAUUGGUUACUGUUUUGGUUUCCAAAAUGUUGAAAAUAUUGAGAUAGAUAGCGAAGAUAGAAUGUGGAUUCUGGACAAUGGAAGGGUUGAGCAAGAGGAUUCAAACUAUUGUAAGCCAAAACUGGCAAUUAUUGACCUUCGGACAAAUGUUAUAGUACGUGAAGCGAUUUUUGAGGAAAAUUUUUUAUCAAAUUCGAGUAUACUCAGUGACCUUGUCAUAGACUCUGCGAAUGGAAGUCACACAGGGUAUAUUAUUGACACAAAUUCAGAAAGUCCUCAAUUUUUAGUUUAUGAUUAUCAUCGCGGUGUGAUUGAGAAGUAUCCUUGUGAGAAGCUUAGACCAGAUCCACAUGCUUCAAAUUUACUCAUUGAUAACACACCAGUUAAUCUGCCGAUUAAUACUGGAACAAUAACUGUAUCUAUUCAUGAUAGACUUCUUUAUUUUUCUCCAGUUUCCAGUUAUCAUGUCUAUUCAAUACCUUUAAAUUUAUUUACAAAACCUAGAGAUGUGAGUAAAAGUGUCAAAGAUUUGGGCCGAAAGUUGGGCCAGACUGCAGACUAUGUAAUGGAUGAUAAGGGCAACCUAUUUUACGGGUUACUAAAUAGAAAUGUUAUUGUUAAAUGGAACCAGGUAAAAUAUCCUAACUUUCAGAUAGGAAAAAGAAUUUACUAUCAACAUCAAUUAUUCCUUCAAUAUGUUAAUUCUUUAUCCAUAGAUUACAAAGGCUACCUGUAUAUUCUUUCAACUCAUCUGCACAAAUUUAUGAAAAACGAGAUGAAUCUUGAGCAAAUUAAUUUUAGGAUAAUUAAAGUAUACAUAGGUUCGCGCCCUUACUAUUUCAACAGUAGCCUACUGAGGAGCAGAAACUGUAGUACCUCACUGGGUAAAACCCCUUUAUGGCUGAGUGUAAUAAGCGCAAUCAUUUUUUGGACAACUCAAAGGCUUCAAACUUAAAUAGUAAAGAAGAUAUACAAAGGAGGAUUUUGAUAUACUUAAUCUCAAACUUAAGUAUUUAGCCAUUCGUCGACAGAGGAAAAUUAUGUAUUUGUGAGUAUCAUGUGUUUUAAGACUACUGGACUAGUGUAAAUAAUUUUAUUCUCUCUGACUCACAAGUUUAAAAGCAUUCAUUCCUUUAAAAUAUGUUUUUCCAUCAAACACUUUGAACAGGUUAGGAACUCAUUUCUUUAGGAUACUCAGGAACUUUCAAUUUUUCUUCAAGAAUUUUAAUUUGACACUCAGAAUUCCUGCUUUCCUUUUUUAGGUAAAGUCUUGCGAAUUCUAUACUUUACUUUUACUGGUUUUUGUUCGUUUAAGAAAGCUGGUUUUACAGAAUUUUCAUUCCUACAUGCCACAUUAAAUAGAUUGUUAAAAAUGUCACAAAAUAAAUUAGUUUUACUUUGUA